UCGCCAUGUUCGUCUGUAAACCGAUCCGCCGGGAGUCUGCCAGGCAAUUGCGACGUAUAAAUCGCCCUGCCACGGUCCAGUGCAUUCGCCACCUUCAUGCACCUACGUCCUUUGAUUGGAAAGACCCUCUAGGUGUUAGUAACCUGUAUACCGAAGAAGAGCUUGCCAUUGCCGAGACUGCAGAGUCCUAUUGUCAAGAGCGCAUGCUCCCACGAGUGCUUGAUGCCUACCGCAACGAGGACUAUGAUCGAAAAAUCCUGGAAGAGAUGGGGGAGCUAGGUUUUCUGGGCGCAACCAUACAAGGAUAUGGAUGCGCAGGUGUGAGCAGUGUAGCUUCUGGACUGAUCACCAGAGCCGUCGAAAGAGUAGAUUCAGGAUACCGAUCUGGGUAUUCGGUUCAGAGCGCGCUCGCCAUGGGUGGCAUAGCAGAGUUCGGAACAGAAGAACUGAAAGACAGGCUUCUACCGGAAAUGGCCAAGGGAAAGCUGCUGGGUGGUUUUGGGCUCACGGAACCAAACCACGGAUCGGAUCCAGGGUCCAUGGAGACGACCGCCAAACCACAUCCUUCCAAGAAAGGCUACUACGUGCUUUCAGGCUCCAAAACUUGGAUUACCAACUCGCCCAUCGCCGACGUACUACUCAUUUGGGCCAAACUGGAAAGCACAGGCAAGAUUCGUGGCUUUGUAGUAGAGCGUGACCAGUGUCCACCAGGUACCUUGGAAACACCCGCCAUCAAGAACAAGAACGGGCUGCGAGCUUCCAUCACGGGGAUGGUUCAUCUCGAUGCAUGCCCAGUCCCGGAAGAAAACAUGUUUCCUGAAGUAGAAGGUUUACGGGGGCCUUUCAGUUGCUUGAAUUCGGCGCGAUAUGGAAUUGCCUGGGGAACAAUGGGUGCUUUGGAGGAUUGUAUCUCGAGAGCACGGACGUAUGCGAUGGAGAGGAAACAGUUCAAGGGCAACCCGAUUGCGAAGUAUCAGCUUGUGCAGAAGAAACUGGCUGAUGCGACCACUGAUGCGGCGUAUGGAAUUCUGGCUGCGUAUCAAGUUGGUAGAUUGAAGGAUGAAGGCAAAGCUGCCCCUGAAAUGAUAUCUUUGAUCAAGAGGCAGAACUGCGAUCGGGCUUUGGUUAAUGCGCGAGUGCUCCAAGAAAUUUUCGGCGGAAAUGCGGUAUCGGAUGAGUACGGCAUCGGAAGGCACGUGGCAAAUUUGUUUGUAACCCAAACGUACGAGGGGCAAAGCGACAUACACGCCUUGAUUCUAGGUAGAGCGAUUACAGGCAUCCAAGCUUUCUGCUAA